GUGCGCGCAACUAAGAAGCUCGUGAGUAAUACAACAAGUAUUGCGGGCCACAAGAACUAGGGGCGCGACAACAGCGUUGCUAGUGAAAUACCUACAGCUGUUGAGGGCAGCACGGCCCUCCACCGCUAUCUUACUUUUCUCAGCGGAGGAUGCAGCAUCUUGUGGAUUACGGGCAGCGGUGAUUGGCGAUGGAAGAUCCACCAAAUCCACCUCCCGCUGCGGUAUCUACCAUACACCUCUACCACCGUGUCGUGCGUAUCGGGGUGCACGUUGCGCUUGAACGCGCCCUCGAAAUCGAUCUCUAGCACAGGCAUAGCCGUGGGCGCCUGUAGCUACGCUCCAAGAGGCGUAGCAGGCUCGAGCGUAUAUAAACUAGAACACAGAUAUGGUCAACAGCCAGAGCUCUGCCGUCCCCGCAAUCACAACGUUCCACAAAUUUGCCCUCAUCUCUUUCACCCUCGCUGCCAUUGCCGCCGCUCAACAAGCCGGCACGCAGACGUCAGAGACCCACCCGACGCUGUCGUCCCAGAAGUGCACCACCGCCGGCGGGUGCGUCAACCAGAACACCAAGGUCGUCCUCGACUCCAACUGGCGGUGGCUGCACAGCACCGCCGGAUACACCAACUGCUUCACCGGCAACGAGUGGGACGCGACACUGUGUCCCGACGGCGUGACGUGCGCAGCGCACUGUGCGCAGGACGGUGCGGACUACACGGGGACGUACGGGAUCACGAGCUCGGGGUCGUCGCUGACGCUGCAGUUCGUGACGGGAUCGAACGUGGGGAGCCGUGUGUACCUGAUGGCGGACGACAGCCACUACGAGAUGUUCAAGCUGCUUAACCAGGUGUUCACGUUUGACGUGGACAUGUCGGAUCUGCCGUGCGGGCUGAAUGGAGCGCUGUACCUGGUGGAGAUGGACGAGGAUGGAGGGAUGGGUCGAUUCCCGACGAAUAAGGCUGGAGCGAACGCGAAUGCAGGCACCGGCAACUUCGGCACGUGCUGCAGCGAGAUGGACAUUCGGGAGGCCAACAGCGACGCCGCCGCAUUCACCCCACAUCCGUGCACGACCGACGGCCAGACACAGUGCUCAGGAGACGACUGCACUCGCGACACCGGCCUGUGCGACGCCGACGGCUGCGACUUCAACUCGUUCCGCCUGGGCAACGGCCUGACGGUCGACACGUCCAAGCCGUUCACGGUCGUGACGCAGUUCGUGACGAGCGACAACACGACGACGGGGACGCUGAGCGAGAUCCGUCGGGUGUAUGUGCAGGGCGGGAAGGUGAUCCAGAAUGGCGUGGUCAACGUCCCCGGGAUCGACGCGGUCAACAGCAUCACGAACGAGUUCUGCACGGAGCAGAAAACGGUGUUCGGGGACACGGACUACUUUUCGCAACAUGAUGGACUGCAGCAGAUGGGCGAGUCACUCGGGAAUGGGAUGGUGCUCGCGCUGUCGGUGUGGGAUGAUUAUGGGGCGAGCAUGCUGUGGCUUGACUCUGACUACCCGACGACCAAGGAUGCGUCGUCGCCUGGUGUUUCCCGCGGCACUUGUGCGACGACGUCCGGUGUGCCAGCACGGAUCGAGUCGCAGGCCCCGAGCUCGAAGGUGGUGUUCGGUAACGUCAAGUUCGGUGACAUUGGGUCUACAUUCAGUGGCGGUACGACUUCCCUGCCUCUUCCGCCGCCUCCGGCAUCUGGAUCUGGCUCGUCUGCUAGCCAUGCACCGACUGGGAGUGUUGCUCAGUGGGGCCAGUGUGGUGGGACUGGAUACAGUGGGCCGACCGUGUGCGCUUCUGGCUUCACUUGCCACGUUCUUAACCCUUAUUAUUCCCAGUGCUACUAGGUGGCGGACAGAGAGUU